AUGAAGUCGAGAGCCACACAAGUCUACAUCGUAGAAGAAAUUAAAAAAGCAGAACCUGAACAUAGUGAGAAAACUUCAGACCCAGUUAUGACGGCAUAUAGUGGAAUUUACGAUAGCAUUACAUUGUUUCGGUUCAUGCUGUGUCUUCGUAGUCAUGAUAGCGAGGAACCUGAAGGAGCUGGUCGAAGUUUCCCAAUCCAGUUAAAAGUUUUUCUCUGUCUGAUGGUAUACGUCAUCUAUGCGACAACAUUUCACGUCGGUUUUGACAUACUCUGGUUCUACCUCAGAAAGAUGCAUCUAGCAGCUCGCUACAGACUUUAUGAAAGACUUUAUAGAACCAUACUAGUCUGUGUCGUUACCGCCAUCAGCUAUUCUUUUCCAAAUAUACGGAGGAUUAUGGGAAUUAACUAA